CGACAGGCAGUUCCGACCUCCCCGCGUUUACUAUUACUAGCCUUACUUUCAGGUUAUUUUUCUGUGUACAGAGAUACAUUGUUGAUUAAUUUUGGACUGCCGAUGAGGAAAACAAGUUUAAUCUCAGUAUAGCGCUGUUUGCAUUCUCCAGAAAUAUGAAGUACACAGUUUUGAUGGUCCUUGUUACCGUAGCAGUUUCUGCUCAGACUCGCGCCUUGCACAUCCCCUACCCGAGAGAGACGCCCAUGGUCGACCUGAUGGAAGCCACCAGCAUAGGCGCUGCUCCCGUGAACGUGACGUUGUACUACGAAGUUCUGUGCGGGGGAUGUCAUGACUUCAUCACCACAACACUGGUCACCGCUGUGAAAGCCCUGGGCGACGACGGAAGUAUCAUGAACUUCCAUUUCAUUCCUUAUGGUAACUCACUCGAAACAUGGAACAGAACCACGUCGCAGUGGGAUUUUAGUUGCCAACAUGGUCCCGAGGAGUGUGUCGGAAACACAGUCGAUGCAUGCGUUAUCCAUUAUAAACCCAAGUUCAAGGACCAUUACAGGUUUAUAGUCUGUUUCGAGAAAAACGUCGACUACAAAUCGCAGGCGUGGAAAGAGGCGCUCGAGAAAUGUGGGAAGCGGUACGACAUGCCUGUGGAGGAGAUAGCAUCGUGCGUGACGACAAAACUGGGGAACACACUGGAACACGAGAUGGCGCUCAGGACUGGACCUCACCAGUGGGUUCCCUGGCUCAUCCUCAACGGCGUGCACACACCACAGGCCGGGGACAACCUCCUCCGAGCGGUCUGUAAAGCUUACAAAGGGCCCAAACCCAAAGGUUGUCCAUAAUUAAUUAUUAUCUUUCAAACAGAACUCAGGGUCAUCAAAUGUGAGAACAUUAUUUGGUUUGUCCGUUCAAUGACUAUUCGUAAGAGUGCGUCUGUGUAGGCAAGUGUGUGUGUGUGUGUGUGUGUGUGUGUGUGUGUGUGUGUGUGUGUGUGUGUGAACGAGUACGCUGACCUGUGCACAUAAUAAUAUGCUUGUAUGUAUUUACCAUGCUGCUGCAAAUUUCUCUGUAUGGAGGUCAAUAAAUUGUGAACUAUCUUAAAAGUUUAAAUCAUCUUUUUGUGGUUGUAAAGCUUACAAAAGACCAAAACCCAAGGGCUGUCCAUAGUUACCUUUGAAAUAGAACUCAGUGAUAGUGUUAUUAAAUUCAUAGUUAAGCAGAACAAAGAGUCAAACAUUUGUUUCGAAACCACGUGGAAUUUAGAAAAACGAACAGUGUAAUAAACCUUUAAAAAACUUUC